AGAAUAUUAUCAAAAUAUGCUCUCAAGAUCUUUAUCAAUCAACCCUCGUUCUGUUCAUCUGAUUUCAGAAUAAUCUGAGGAAAUUGAACCCAUAGAUUGCAAAAUCACCACCACCAGCGUCAUCAUUAAAUUUAUUAUACUGAUUAGCAGUAAAAGAAAGAAAAUGACGAUCCCACGAUCCGACCCGGUUGGUCAAGAACGGAAAGGAAUCCGGUAUUCGGAUUUCCCAGAUUUGGCCAAGUUUCUUCUUCCGUUUCGAAGAGAUAUAGACAACCCCUUGGCUGCCUUUAACAACCUAGAUGAUUCUCCAAUGUUUCAAAAACAGGUGCGUUAUAUUGAACUGAACACAGAUGAUUUAAAAACACGUUGUCAGAAACUACACAAAGGGAGCAAAAAAUAUAUGGAUGGACUUGGAGAAGCAUGCAAUAUAGAUUUUGUAUUUGCAGAUGCAUUAGAGGCAUUUGGUGGUGGCCAAGACGACCCCGUUAGCUCAUCUAUUGGAGGUUCAAUAAUUUCGAAGUUUGUUAGUGCGUUUCGCGAGAUUGAAUCGUUUAAGGAGCUUCUUCGUAUCCAAGUUGAACAUUUGCUUGUUGAUCGUUUGGCUCAGUUUUUGUCUGAUGAUCUUCAAGCCACAAAGGACGCACGUAAAAAAUUGGACAAAGCUACAUAUGCAUAUGAUCAGGCUCGUGAAAAGGUUGCAUCGUUGAGAAAGAGUACACGGGAUGAAGUUGUUACCGAAUCGGAAGAGGCUCUACAAAACUUGAAAUCUGCAUUUGAAAAGAGCAGAUUCGAUCUAGUACAUUCUCUAGUGAAUAUCGAAGCAACAAAGAAGUACACGUUUUUGGAAUCUCUUAGCGCAAUAAUGGAUGCUCAUUUGCGAUAUUUUAAACUGGGCUAUGAUUUGUUGAGUCAAAUGGAACCUUUCAUUCAUCAGGUGUUGACGUAUGCACAACAAUCUAAAGAACAUGCAACUUCCGAACAAGAUAGACUCGCAAAGAGAAUUCAAGAAUUUUUGGCACAAGCGGAAAUGAAAGAAUCAUUGCCUACUAAUUUCGGAAAUGUUAAUGGCGUUGGAAUGAAUUCAGAUAAAAAUAUAGAUGCAAUAAUGAAGUCCACCACGAAAGGAACAGUGCAAACCAUCAAGCAAGGCUAUCUUCUAAAACGGUCGACAAGUUUAAGAGCCGAUUGGAAAAGACGAUUCUUUAUACUUGAUAGUCGCGGGAUCUUAUAUUAUUAUAGGAUUUUUCCUAACAAACCUGUGGGUUCACAAUCAACGAAUUCACUUACAUCGACUGAACAACAUAGUCGUGUGUUUGGGAGGUUUAGAUCAAGGCACAACAGGGCAGCAUCACAUGACGAUGAAAACUCAGAAUGCCAUACGGUUGAUCUUCGUACUUCAACGAUAAAAGCUGACGACGAGGAUUCGGAUUUGCGUUUGUGUUUCAGGAUUAUUUCACCCAUGAAGACUUACACAUUGCAGGCUGAAAGUGAAGGUGACAGGGUUGACUGGAUGAACAAAAUCACAGGAGUAAUUGCUUCUCUCUUAAACUCCAAUAUGAAACAGACACAUUUCAACAGAGUUCACUCGGGAAGUGCACUUGACGCAGUUGGUGAAGAAUCUGCCGCUUCACAAGUUGAUAACACGGGAUCUAUACUUGAUAACGUGAAUAUUAAUCCAGAAGAUUGCGUUUCUAGCAUUCUCCGAAAGAUUCCUGGAAAUGAUUUAUGUGCAGAAUGCAGUGCACCUGAACCUGAUUGGGCGUCUCUUAAUUUAGGCAUAUUAAUGUGCAUUGAAUGUUCUGGGGUCCACCGAAAUCUAGGGGUUCACAUAUCAAAGGUUCGAUCAAUUAAUCUUGACGUUAAGGUUUGGGAACCUACUGUAAUGGACUUGUUUCGGAACUUGGGCAAUAUGUACUGCAAUUCCAUAUGGGAAAAUCCACUUCAAACUAAUAGCGAGGACGGAUCAAAUGCUUUAGCCGUUAACAAGCCUAGCCCUAGAGAUGCAAAUCAACAGAGGGAGAAGUAUAUCAUUGCAAAGUAUGUGGAGAAACGGUUAAUCUGUCGAGAAGAAACCACCAGUAACACCCCUUCUUAUGCCACCAGAAUCUGGAAAGCAACUGAAAGUAACAAUAUACGAGAGGUAUACCGUCUAAUCGCUACAUCAUUUAUAAAUAUCAUCAACACUACAUACGAUGAGGUUGCCGGUGCCGAUUUAUUUCACAAUCUUCAUGAACAUGAUACUGAAAAAGCCAGCCCGUUAGCCUGUAAAAAGAUGAAGGAUUCCAGCAAGCCGGAAAGCUGUCUUGAAGGGUGUACAUUACUGCAUUUAGCAUGCGAUUUAAAAUACGACGUGAUGCUUGAACUGUUGCUACAGUUUGGUGCUGAUAUAAACAGGUCGGAUUACCAUGGUAGGACCCCACUUCACCAUUGUAUCUUCUCUGGAAAUAACAAACUGGCCAAGUUUGUGAUCAGAAGAGGGGCGGAUGUAUCGAUCAAAGAUGGUGGUGGACGAGGUGCCUUAGAACGAGCUAUGGAGAUGGGAGCGAUUACUGAUGACGAGUUAUUGAUCUUGCUUUCUGAGGGUAAGUGAAGGUUGCUCAAGAAAGCGGGAAGCCAUUGUCUUUUUGACUCUGGCGAGCUGUCUAAAUCUGAUCUUGUGAAUCUGGUUUUGUUGAUGCAUGUUUUUUAGAUUUGUUUUGCUGUAAUUGCUAGUUAUAUUUGGCGCUGAUAGGUGAUUUAAAGUUUAACUUCGGUUAAUUUUUAGAUAUCGAUGAGUAGAGCAAAGAAUCAUUAUACUUCAGAGUUUUUUUUAA